AUGAGAGAAGAGUCAUCCGGUUUGAUAGUUGGGAUCUCGGUUGGAGUUGUGAUUGGAGUAACUUUGGCUAUAGUUGCAUUUUUCUGCUUUAGAUAUCAUAGGAAGCAUUUGCGUUCCCAGAUAGGAAAUAGCAGUUCAAGAAGGGCAGCAACCAUCCCUAUUCGUGCAAAUGGAGUCGAUUCCUGCUCGGUGUUGUCGGACUCGUCGAUCGGGACCGAUUCGCCGAGGUCGAGCGUACAUAAGGGCUUCUCUUUCUGGCGCAAGGGAUCUAAGAAGGCGAAUGUGAUUUCUGCAUCUGGGAUACUCGAGUACCCCUACAAGGACCUGCAGAAAGCAACUCACAAUUUUACCACACUAAUAGGUCAAGGGGCUUAUGGUUCUGUAUACAAAGCUCAGAUGUCAACAGGUGAGACUGUCGCUGUUAAAGUGCUUGCUACAGACUCUAAGCAAGGGGAGAGAGAGUUCCACACCGAGGUUAUGUUACUUGGAAGGUUACAUCACAGACACCUUGUGAAUUUGGUUGGAUAUUGUGCAGAGAAGCACCAGCAUAUUCUUAUUUACGUGUACAUGAGUAGAGGAAGCUUAGCUUCUCAUCUAUAUAAUGAGAAACUUGAACCACUGAAUUGGGAAUUAAGGAUCCAAAUCGUGCUCGAUGUCGCCAGGGGCUUGGAGUACCUUCAUGAUGGUGCAGUCCCUCCUGUGGUACACCGUGACAUCAAAUCAUCCAACAUCUUAUUGGAUGAUUCCAUGAGAGCUCGGGUGGCUGACUUUGGGCUUUCAAGGGAGGAGAUGGUCAGCAAGCAGGUCUCCAAUAUUCGUGGAACUUUUGGCUACCUCGACCCUGAAUACAUAUCAACACGUUCAUUCACGAAGAAGAGUGACGUUUACAGCUAUGGUGUGUUGCUGUUUGAGCUUAUUGCGGGAAGGAAUCCUCUCCAAGGGCUUAUGGAGUACGUUGAGCUAGCAGCUAUGAACACAGAUGGUAAAGUCGGAUGGGAAGAAAUAUGUGACCCCCGUCUUGAGGGUAACUUUAACGUUGAAGAAUUUAACGAGGUCGCUGCUCUUGCACACAAGUGCGUAAACCGACUACCAAGGAGAAGACCAUCAAUGAGGGACAUUGUUCAAGUGCUCUCAAGAAUUCUCUCGCACAGACAUAAAAGGAGGCCUCACAAGGAAGACUCUACGACUCCUAGAGCUGAUGAGGUCAUUAUCAAUAUGGGACAGUUGGAACAUCGGAGUUCGUUUUCUGAACACAGACGAGUGGAAUCGGUGGACAGCAUGGCUGAUUCUGUUGAUAUUUGA